AUGAAGAAGGAAGAGGCCGGAAGACGUCACGGACACCACAACUCCGAUACAACCUCGUCCUCGCCACCAAACCCUCGUCCGUCCUCCGAUCCUAGUGCGACACAACGCCAAGGCUCUUCCUCUCCUCCGCAACGUUAUAUCCCCGCCCAUUUGCAGGAGGAAGUACUUGGGGCCAGAUCUACCCCGGAUUCCGCUGGUCCCAUCGACCUCCCAUCCGCAGCUUGCGCUGGACUCUCCCUCGCCAGCGAUCCGCCCACAGAUAUGUCUGGUUCCGAUCAGAGAGAUGGUAGUGCUCCGCCCGCUGGGCGUGACACCCGCUCAUCAUCCCCCAGCGUGAAGCGGGCGGCUCCCGAUGCCGAACAAGAUGUGGAUAUGGAUUUGGGCUUGACCGAGAAGGAGUCCCAGUCGGACAAAAUGGAUACAACCGGAACGGAGGACGACGAUUCUACUUCAAACGAUGUUUCCGGGUCUGACAACGUCUAUCCCUCCCCCUCUAGCAUGUCGACUUACACCGCCUCUACCGCGACCAGGGCUCAUUCCAAGGCCCAGUCUUCUACCACUUCCGAGCGACCAUCCUACGAUGACCAGGUCGCGAAAGUAACGUGUUUCAUGAUGCAGCCCCUAAAGGAAGGACAGAAGGGAUAUGUUGUGUCGAUGGCAUGGCUAAAGCGGGUGCUCUCUAGGAGCUCUACUCAUGCAGACAAAACGGACAAGACUGCUACAGAAGGAGAGGUUGGUCCGGUGGACAAUUCUGACUUGGUUCUAGUCACGGAUCCUGCGAAUGCAUCCUUCAAGGACGAAAAGGGAGAGCCCUUUGUACCCUUGCGCCCAGGUUUGCAGAUGAGCGAAGACUUCGAGAUUAUACCUCAAGAAGGAUGGGAUCUGAUCAUGCAGUGGUACGGUUUGGCAGACCAGUCACCAGCCAUUGUUCGCUACGCCCAUGACACCAACGUUGGCGGGGAUUCCGAGAACAUUCAGUAUGAGAUUAAUCCGCCAAUUUUUACGAUAUUAAAACUUUCUGGCCUGUCCGCGGGCACUACUCCCCAGUCCCUGAGGGAGAAAAACAUGAAGCCCGUGCGGAUUCUGGCUAGCAGGCACGCCAACUUCCAGAAGUGGCUGAAGGAAGCUAAAACAAGGGCCAACAUCGAUAUGUCGACUAAACGCGACAGCAUCUGCUGCAAUGACCCCAGCUGCAUCGCGAAGCGCUUCACCGGCGCUGCAGCGUCGAUCGUCGCCAAUGCCGGUAGCAGUCUCGUGAUCGAUCUCCACACUUUCCUCUCGCUGUCCGAGGGUGCCCAGAGGGAGUUGUUUGAGGACGCUAAGGAUCAGACCGCCAACCCUAAUUAUAACGGUCGGAUGACAUUGGAUCUUGCUGGACUUGGCGGUAGUGAUGUCGUGGUGCUAGAGGAACGUAUACCCGGUGGGGAGUGGAUCUCAGAGGCGUCCAAGCAGACACUUAAUCGCCUUGGUGUUCCCUCGGGUAGUCUCAAGAAUGGUGCUUCCUCUAAGCUGAAGAACAAGAGCCCUACCGCCAGUGGCCGAUCGUCUCCAGUACCGGAGCCUGUUAGGGGACGACGGAAAGAUGGGAAGCCUCGCGGCUGCACGGGUCUAAGCAACCUUGGAAAUACGUGUUACAUGAACUCUGCCUUGCAGUGCGUACGAAGCGUUGAGGAGUUGACCUAUUACUUCUUAAAUGACGUUUAUAAGCAGGAUCUUAACCCCAGCAACCCGCUGGCUCACAACGGUGAUGUAGCGAAGGCGUAUGCAAAUUUGUUGCGUAUGAUCUAUGACGAAGCAGGCCAGUCCUCCUUUGCUCCCAGGCAGCUGAAACACACAAUUGGUCGCUACGGCCCAGCAUUCUCUGGUUAUGGACAGCAGGACUCCCAAGAAUUUCUGCUUUUCCUUCUUGAUGGGCUACAGGAGGAUCUGAACAGGAUCCUUAAGAAGCCUUACAUCGAGAAACCCGACUCCACAGAUGAAAUGGUUCAUAAUAAGGCGGCACUUACUGAGUUCGCGGACAAAUGUUGGGAUAUUUAUAAAGCUCGUAACGAUUCUGUGAUCACGGACCUCUUCGCUGGGAUGUACAAAUCAACUCUUGUUUGCCCUGCCUGCGACAAGGUCAGUAUCAUCUUCGACCCUUUCAACAACCUCACGCUCCAACUUCCCAUCGAAAAUCUCUGGGGUAAAGAGGUAUUCUACUUCGGUCUACACAAGAAACCAGUUCGGUUUGAUGUAGAGAUCGACAAGAAUUCUAGUGUCAAAUCCUUAAAGGAAUUAGUCGCCAAGAAGCAAGGCACCGAUCCUGAACGCCUGAUCAUGGUCGAGAUCUUCAAGCGCAAGUUCUACAGAAUGUUUGAUAACACGAGCUCCAUUGCUGAGUGUCAAAUUUCUGGCAACGACGAAAUCGCUUUCUUUGAAGUCGAGUCCGUGCCGACCAAUUACAAUCCGGAUAAGCCCCAGAAGAGUUAUUUCUCCUUCAGCAGGUCGGAUCAAGAGGAGAUCCCAAAUAUUGACUCCCCGAAGGCUGACCGCAUUCUGGUACCUAUUUUUAACCGUGUGGACCGGUCAAAGACAAAGCGAGAUCUUUUUGGUGUGCCCUCGUACAUUGUUGUCACUCGGGAGGAGGCUUAUGAUUUCGAUGCCAUCUAUGGCAAGGUCCUUGCUGGGGCGGCCACGAUGACCACCCGUGACUUUUUGAACGAGGAGGUUCUCGGCGAAGAUCAGCAAGAGGCAACUCAGGAAGACUCAGAUACUGUUGUCAUGAACGACGACGACGCCCAGUCUGCCGAUUCCAAGAUCAAGACAUCUUCGGUGGACGGCGAAGAUGGUAUGGUGGAUGUGUCCAUGCGCGAUGCAGACUCUGCCUCCCAGACUGGCGCUGCGCGCUCUGAAGGCUCUAUCCCUGCUCGAUUUCGGGACAUGUUCGAACUGAAGAUAAUGAAGGGUAACGAGCCAGUGCCCCUAGGCUGGUCUUCGGUAGAAGACAACAAGGAAUACCCAAAGAUGUCGUUUCGUAUAAAGACGAAGCCAGUUACUCCACCAGAGGAGUCCGAAGAACCAUCCGACCCUGCAGAUUCGAAGGCUGCUGAGAGUGGAUCAGCUUCGGGUAGUGAUGCCGAUAACUCUUCAGAUGUUUCUCGCACCCCAGCCCCAGUUGCCAGAGUUCAGAUUCGACCCUUGGUUCGACCAGGUGAGGGACUCGUUGUUGACUGGAAUGAAGAGGUCUAUGACGCUCUUUUUGGCGGUAGUAAGAAAGACCGAGAUCCCCUUCGCGGCCUGCCAACAUGGCAGGACGUUGAGCGGGUAAAUGACCCCGAGCUGAAUAAGCGACGUCAACUCCGCCAAACCCGCAAGAAGAGGGGCGUCACCCUUGAAGAGUGUUUAGAUGAAUUCAACAAGGAGGAAAUACUUUCCGAGAACGAUGCUUGGUACUGUCCACGCUGCAAGGAACAUCGCCGAGCUAGCAAGAAGUUCCAGCUAUGGAGGACACCUGAUAUCCUUGUCAUGCACCUCAAGAGAUUCAGUGCUAGCCGCGGUUUCCGGGAUAAGUUGGAUGUGCUCGUUGACUUCCCUGUGGAAGGACUCGAUAUGAGUGGCAGAGUAGAAGCUCCUGAAGAGGGUAAGAGCUUAGUCUAUGACCUUUUCGCGGUUGAUAACCACUACGGUGGUCUGGGAGGUGGUCACUAUACUGCAUAUGCCAAGAACUUUUUUACUGGCCAGUGGAACGAGUACAACGACUCGAGUGUCUCACGACCUAUUGACCCCCAAAGUGUGGUAACCUCGGCUGCCUACCUCCUCUUCUACCGCCGUCGGUCCGAUCGCCCGCUCGGUGGUAAGAUCCUCGAGGAAAUUACCGAGUCAUCUACCCGACCGGCGAGUGAGGCUGGCUCGCCGAGCGAAUCUCGUGGGCAAUCCCCGUCGGGGGACGGUCGGCGUCUCGGCGGCUCAUCCCACAAUGGGUCGUCGAGCGUCUUAACCGGAGUCGGAGCAGCUCACCAGGAGGGAGAUGGUGGUUCGCGAACCGGAACCCAAGCGAAGAACGGGGAUGAGGCCGCGCCCCCUGGAUACAACAAUCGUCCCGCUUCUAGGGAGAAGAGCGUUGGGAAAGAACACCGACUGGAAGGUAUGAGUUUUGAUGAAGCCGAGUUCGGUGAUGGAGCGCAAUCCGAUCCGUUCCGCUUCCCGAGUCCGCCCUCGUGGUCUUUCAACCGAGUCCCGGAUGCUCACGGCCGUUCACAGAUGACCACAGCGCUACCGGGAUCCACCUCUGAUGACGAUGACCUGCUCGACGACGACGCUAGUAACCAGGCAGUUGGUGGAGGCGACUUUAGCGAUUCGGACCUACGGCUGGCGUCUUUAGCGGACAGCCCCGGAGAUCACGGUGCGGUAUACCCCGGGACCCCAAUGGAAGAGACUCCCAUUCAGGAUAUCCAUCCUCCGUUGGAUGCAGAUGACGACGACGACGAGCUACCCGUUGUGGAGCUACGAGUGAACGAUGAAGACCGGAUAGUGCCUGAAUAG